UUCGAGACCUGGCAAGGCUAAAAAUUAACCUGACUAUGAAUAAUGCAUGCCGCUCACUCCUUCAUACUUGUACAGGUCCUGAUGUCACGCCUGAUGUCAAGCCAGAUCUGCUGACAUUGUCACCUUCACAAGUGGAUGUCUUCAGUGCUGUCGGUGGCUCAACUGAGGUAUUAGACGCUCCUCAUGAUAUGAAGCCCGAUCCUUUGGCAUUGUCGGCUUCAGAUAAGGAUCUACUGAAGGCAGCUAAUGGCUUCCCAUCUCGCACGGCAGAUACUGUUCUCUUGUGUUGUGAAUACUGCAAGUUCGAACGUUCCGAUCAAGAUGGUGUCUCUGAGCAAGUAAAAUGCCAGCACCAAGACACGCUUAGCUCGGCCUUUCCGGAUGAACGCAACGUUUCAAACAAACACUGCGUUCAGAGUCAGAGUGAAAAGUCUGACCGCUCGAUGAAGUCAACAUUUUGCGACACUUUGUUCGAGCGAAGCGAUACCCUCGCGUUGGAUGUUCGGAUCCACACAGGCCAAAAGCCGACUGAUCACGGUAACCACGCCGACAGCAAGCCGCUCAUGUGUAAAGUCUGUGGGAAGGUAUUGGGAUGCCGUUGUAUUUUGGCCGAACGCAGUCGGACGCACACUGGUGAAAAGCUUUCCAAUUGUGAGAUCUGUGGAAAGGCGUUCAGUCGGCAUGGCAAUCUCGCUAACCACCUCCGGACUCACACAGGUGAGAAACCGCUCAGUCGUGAGGCCUCUGGGAAAGCGCUCGGUCAACAUGGGGGCCGCACUCACCACCUUCGCGCUGGCACAGGUGAAAAACCGUUCAGGUGUGAGGUCUGUGAGGGAGCGUUCCGUUUCCAUGGGAACCUUACUCGCCACCUCCGGACUCACAAACGCAAAAAACCGUUGAGUUGUGAGUUCUGCGGGAAAACGUUCAAUCAUCGUGGGAGCCUCACUCGCCAUCUCCGGACUCACACAGGUGAAACACCAUUUAGUUGCGAGGUCUGUGGGAAAUCGUUUAAUCGACGUUGGUGCCUCACUCACCACCUCCGGACUCACACAGGUGAAAAACCGUUCAGUUGCAAGGUCUGUGGGAACACGUUCAGUCAACAAGGGAGCCUCACUCGUCACCUGCGGACUCACACAGGUGAAAAACCGUUCGGUUGUGAGGUCUGUGGCAGAGCGUUCGGUUACCGUGGGGAGCUCACUUGCCAUCUGCGAACUCACUCAGGUGAGAGACCAUUUAGUUGUGAGGUCUGUGGGAAAUCGUUCAGUCGAUAUUGGUACCUUCCUUACCACCUCCGGACUCACACAGGUGAAAAACCGUUCGGUUGUAAGGUCUGUGGGAAAGCGUUCAGUCAGCAAGGGAGCCUUACUCGCCACCUCAGGAUUCACACAGGUGACAAACCUUUCAGUUGUGAGGUCUGUGGGAAGGCCUUCAAUCAGGUAUGGAUCCUAACAAGACAUCUUGGAACACACCGCUGAGAAACCGAUGAGUUGUCAUGUCUGUGUGAAGGCGUUCAGUACCCAUGGAAACCUUAUGAUGCACAUUCGAAGACAUGCCAGCUAGAAAAUGGUGGAGCUUUACGGUGCACGUCAGUUCCCAUUGGUGAAAAAUUAUCUAGCUAUCAUAACGCGCGAUUUGAUAUACGGCCAGCGUAACCCCUGGAAUGUAUCACCAAAUCAACUUCUGAACGGCACAAUAUAGCCGGCUAAAAUUUUCUACACUUGUAGUAAACUGAAUAGCCGAUUUUUGGGUGCCGAAAAUUUAGUCGCACUUUGUAAGGUCGCUUCCCUGACAGGUCAAAGUAAGGCUGCGGACGUUAUGGAACACAGCUCCCUGGGAAUCGUUUUAUCCUAUGCAACAGCGGAGUGUUAAACGACAGCGUACAUCUCAGACGGUUUUGUUGAAUACUGUAACUGAAUUUGGAUUACGACUUAUUCCAUUGGCCUUAGAUCAGAUAAGGUCGGGUGCGAGGCGAAAACCAGUUUCGUUUUUUUAUUUUUCGAGUUUUUUAUUACAGGAAGGCGAUUAAAGAUGUUGACCAUUACCAGG